CCGAAAAGGACUGUUGACCUAUUGUUCGGACGGACGGCCAGAUAAGGCAAAAAUGCAGAGGCAAGAAAAUCCAUGAAAAACCCAAGCAGUGGUGUUUACUAAAAUUAGCUGAGAAGUCAUCGUUGGGACACGUCUCCGCACUGUAAGCUCAGAAACUUGGUUCGACAGAAGGUGACGUCUUUGUAAGCUUUGUCUGUGGGACUUGGUAAGUCGAGCUUCUUCAGCCUUUGAAAACACUCUGCCCCGUUAGAUACACCAACACCACCCAAAAAAAUCCCAUACCUUUUUUCUUCAUCGCAGUUUAUUGUUUGGCCUCUUCGGCUGAACUCCAAGAAUCUUAUCUUUACCCUUUGUUUCCCUUUUCAAGGAUUCCUUUUUUGUCGUCGUUUUCUGUUCAGUUUCUCCAGCUCGAACCACUCUGGGAUUCUGUUUGGAUGCCGAGAAAUACUAGAAAAUUAGAAGAAAAAAGAUAAACUAUUCACUCCAGAGGGACCAGGCUGCUUUCUUUUGACCCGUAUUAGACGUCGGUUUGGCUUUAUUUUGCGGGAACUGAAGCUCACUUCUUGAAAGAUUUUGUUUCUUUUCCCCUUCUUUCAACUGGCGACCAAGCUCUCCCCAUAUCCAACAAAUGGCCUUUGCUCGUCAGUUCACCUCGUUGGCUGAAUUAUCUUUGCCUUUUCAAAGCCACCGAUUUCUGGCUCCUCAAUUUUAUCAAACUUUCUUUUGGAGACAUAGUCUUAGAAGAAUUUCAACGAGGAUCUGCAACCACCAAAAUCCGAGCUUUGUUCUUAGGAAAAUACAACCGAAAACAAGAGAGUGUAGGCUGUUUAAAUCGGUGGAAUUGGACCAAUUUUUAACAAGUGAUGAUGAGGAUGAAAUGAGUGAAGGCUUUUUUGAGGCAAUUGAAGAACUGGAGAGGAUGACAAGGGAACCCUCUGAUAUUCUUGAAGAAAUGAAUGAUAGGUUGUCAUCAAGAGAGUUACAGUUGGUUUUAGUUUACUUUUCUCAAGAAGGGAGAGAUUCUUGGUGUGCACUUGAAGUCUUUGAGUGGCUCAAGAAGGAGAAUAAGGUUGAUAAUGAGACAAUGGAACUUAUGGUUUCUAUUAUGUGUAGUUGGGUCAAGAAGUUGAUUGAAGGAGAGGGUGAUGUUGGUGAUGUGGUUGACCUCCUUGUGGACAUGGAUUGCGUGGGGUUGAAGCCGGGUUUUAGUAUGAUUGAGAAGGUGAUUUCAAUGUAUUGGGAGAUGGAGAAGAAAGACGGAGCUGUUGUGUUCGUGAAGGAGGUUUUGAGACGGGGAAUUUCAUAUGAAGAUGAAGAUGGUGAAGGACAGAAGGGAGGGCCAACUGGUUAUCUUGCUUGGAAGAUGAUGGUUGAGGGUAACUACAGGGAUGCCAUCAAAUUGGUGAUUGAGCUUAGAGAAUCUGGGUUGAAGCCUGAGAUUUACAGUUACCUCAUUGCAAUGACAGCAAUAGUCAAAGAGCUUAAUGAAUUUGCAAAAGCCUUGCGUAAGUUGAAAGGUUUUGCAAGGUCUGGUUUGGUUGCUGAACUUGAUAUGGAAAAUGUAGAGCUUAUAAAAAAGUAUCAAUCUGAUCUUCUUGCUGAUGGACUAAGAUUGUCUAAUUGGGCAAUUCAAGAGGGAACUUCUUCACUUUUUGGGUUGGUUCACGAGAGGCUUCUUGCUAUGUAUAUUUGUGCUGGCCGUGGACUUGAAGCUGAAAGACAGCUGUGGGAAAUGAAACUUGCGGGUAAGGAGGCUGAUGGAGACCUUCAUGACAUUGUUUUAGCUAUUUGUGCUUCCCAAAAGGAGGCUAGUGCCAUAUCACGAUUGCUUACUAGAAUGGAAGUUUCAAGCUCUCUACGGAGGAAGAAAACUUUAUCGUGGCUAUUGAGAGGUUACAUUAAAGGAGGGCACAUUAGUGAUGCUGCAGAAACAGUGAUUAAAAUGCUUGAUUUGGGCUUACAUCCAGAAUAUCUAGACAGGGCAGCUGUUCUGCAGGAACUGAGGAAAAGGAUCCGACAGCCUGGAAACAUCGAAACUUAUGUUAAUCUCUGCAAGCGACUAUAUGAUGCGAGUUUGAUCGGACCUUGCCUUAUAUAUCUGUAUAUAAAGAAAUAUAAGCUUUGGGUUAUAAAAAUGCUUUAAAAGCUGAUGAAUGGCGAUGACAAUCUUGAACCCAGAUUUCUUUUUGAAGCAGUAUACUUUCUGGGUCAAGAAUUCAUUGGAAAAACACUGGAGUUUUGUAAAGGUGAAUUUUGUAUAGCUUUAAGUGGCCCUGGAGUCAGUAUAAGGAACAAGGAUGGUCGGUAAAUAUGCAGAUCAACAUUGAACACUGCAAAUACAUGUUGAGCAUUUUGUUCUAGGGCGUCAUGUAAAUACAUGUAUUAUACAUAAUAAAGAAUUCUCCUCAAAAUGUAACUAAUGUGACUACCGCAUUUGUGCUACAGAUACGUUCUUGCAUUAUUCC